AUGGCUUCAAACGGCAACGUCAACCAGCCAGGCUAUGAGAACCGGAUGCAAUUCGUGCACCAAAUUCUGCAAAACCAUGGAUUAGAACCCACCUCGGUAGAGGCUCUUGCAUAUUUUGAGAACUGCCCGUUCCAUUUCAACAACUUCAUCUACAAGGCCACUCUCACAUCCCCAGCGACUCGAGAGUCAUCAAAGCUGUCGGGUGAGCAGCCAGGCACGUACCCACUGCCGGAAGACGGGACAUCCGUGCUUGUCGUUCGUCUCAGCAACCCGCGUGCCGAAGGGCUCAACAAUGCCAACCGGGUCGAAAAUGAGGUUGCCGCUCAGUAUCUAGUCCGCCGUUCACUAGAGAAGGACAACCGCCCGCCCGUCGUGCCCGCCGUCUAUGCCUGGGGAUCGUGCCGCUUCCACGAGCAGCCGGACGAGUCGGGAUUCGGCUGGAGCAUCCUCGAGUUCAAGCAAGGCUCGGAUCUGGACGGGGUGUUCCCCACCUUGUCGCGGGAGGCGCAGACCUCUGUCAUGGAGCAGAUCGCGGAUGCGUUCCUCUCGAUCCAGCGAGCACGGGUGCCUGAUUCUGUCACUGGCUUUGGAUCUCUGACGUUCAGCGAGAGCGGCCAGAUUGUCACUGGCGAGAUGCCGCUCGUCGUGGGAGGCCCCUGGGAUACAUACACCAGCCUCUGGACCGCGAAGCUCAAGGCCCAGGUUCUUGAUUCGGACAAGAGCUCGGUACUGCGUGGUUGGAAGGACAGUGAUAUUAGGGAGCGCCUAGAUUCCUUCUUGGCAAACGACGGGGUCUCCCGUAUCCUGGGUAGCCAGGACAUUUCAGAGAGGGUUCUCGUACACGGUGACCUCACAAUGAACAACAUGCUCUACGACAAGGAACAAGGGAAACUCACCGCCAUUCUCGACUUCGACUGGGCAUGCGUCACGAACCCAUGCGACGAGUUCCUGAGUGGAUUUUGGGAUCUCGGCGGAGGAAUCAACGAGGAGAAUGCAAGUUUCCAGGAAUGCAUAAUGACUGGCGACUUCUCCAGCAGCGACGGCCUCCAAGAGAUGCCUGCCCAGGAGGCGGAGAAGCGGGAGAACGGCCGAGUGUUGAAUGAUGCUUUUGCUCGGCGUGGCAUCAUCCGUCCUGCCACCAUCAAGGCUGCGGGAGAGAUUCGGAAGUUGAGGGAGCUCGAGAAUAUGGUGUGCCCAUUCGACUUGAGCAACGAAAUAGUGAUGAGACGGAGCACGGAGGAGGCCAGAUUGGCGAGAAAGACUCAGAAAGGAAAAGACAUUUCGAGUUGGUUGUCCAGUGCGGGAUUCUGA